UUCGGAUCAUGAAAUAGUUCGGAUACCUUCGGAUAUUUUCGAAGAAUUUCCUACUUUCGCUUUGAAAUUUCAUGAAAUCGAAGAGGCUGUCAAAAAUAAUUGCCAGUUUUCAGGUUUGAUCAAGCCAUCCAAGAUCUUGAGAGCUCAAGCUGAUUGUUUUCCCACAGAACAUUGAAAAUACUAGGAUUUUCAUGCCUAGAAAAUGUGGAGACGAAACAGAACAGGACCUGGUGAGGAAGUAAUGACAUUCAUCAAAUAUCUCAAUGAUAAUAAUUAUCCAGUUGACAUCAAAAGAGAUGAUUUGAAAACUAUAUAUGAGGGAAAGUUUGUAGAUGUUCGCAGAGCUGCAGUUCCUGGUUAUGUGAAAGUCAAAUACAGGGAUAUUUUGUUAUACCUUAGACGUAGAAAACUGAUACAUGAGCUUGGAGACUAUUACUCAUUUGGCAAAGAUGUCCAAGGAUUGUACGAAAACCUUAUUGGCUCAGAGGAACAUAGGAAAACGUUAGAAGAAUGGAAAGAGAAAGCUGCAUGCACCCCAUAUUUUUGUGAAGUAUGUGGAGUGCAGUGCCCUGGUGAGAAGGACUUUGAUCAACACAAAAAUGGUACCCGGCAUAGGAUUCAUAAAUUUCAUUAUGAAAUCUUCAGGAACAGGGACCAACUGAUGUGUUGUCCAAAUGGGAUUGAAAUUGAGUCUGAUCCAACAGUAAAUCAGAUGUUACUUAUUGAGAAAGAAUCCAGCCCCAAAUAUGAGUUCUACAUGUCAAUUUCAGUCAGGAACACAAGCAUGUCCAAUUCGCUUGUAUUUUGUAGAUUUUUAUUUCUGUGGGAUACAGGAGUCUUCAAACUGUUACAGAAAGACAACAGGAGGCCUGCUAGGCUCAGGGUCCACAUACCGCCAGGAAAGAGCUAUGAUAUGCUGGUGAAGUGCAAAGCUCCCGUAGAUUUUGGUCACCAUUUUGUACCAUUGGCCUUCUACUUUGAAUGGAAAGAUAGACAUAACCAGACCAUACAAGAUACUGUGGAUCAGCAGACUCAAGAAUUUGUGUUACGAUUUGUCUCUGUACAUGUGCUUGGUGACCUGCAUGCUGAGAUGGCACCUACAGCACCUUUCAGGUUCCCAGACCAGAUCCCUGAUUCUAUUGUUGACGAAAUAGUCCCUGGAGAGCCAUGUACUGUUUCUGGUAAGAGCUUGCUUGAGUGUAAACUGACCCCAUGCAGGGUUCCUUCUUAUCUCAAACCACAGGUGAUGAAAGGACUCACUGGAAAGAGAGAUAUCAUUAAUGAAAGCCUGAGACGUGUACUUGCUUGUGACUUGAGCCCUGAGAAUUACAGGUCAAAGUUUGAUACUUUGUUGUGGACAGAAGAACUCCAGAUGGAAGAUGAUAUUAGGAGAUAUGACCUUAUUGGUGUUGAAAUGCAACUUGACAGGCAUUCAAGACUUAUGGUUUUAGAGGUACCAGGCCUCAUGGAGAGACGCCCUUCAGUAAUGAGGAAUGACAAAGUGUACAUUUUUGUUCAUGGUGAUAGGAAAAUUCGAUAUGAUGCUCAUGUACAUAGGGUUGAACUCAAUGAUGUCCAUCUAGGUGUUGGAAGAAAGUUGAAAGAUGCCUGGAUUCCUAAGAUGAAAUAUGACAUAAGAUUUGACUUUGCCAGGUUCAAUUUAUGGGUUCAACAUCGGGCACUGACUCAGUUCCAGUACGCAGAAACUAUACUUUUUGCCUCUGAAAGGAGUACCUUUUCUCCGCGGGAAGAAAGGGUUCCAAUGAAGCCAUGGUAUGAUAGAAAAUUGAACCCAGAGCAAACGAUAGCAGUAACUAACAUUGUGCAGGGAACCAGUCGGCCCGGUCCAUACUUGAUCUUUGGUCCACCAGGUACCGGCAAAACUGUAACUGUUACAGAAGCUAUUAGACAGGUGUACCAUUGCCAACCAGAUGCUAAGAUUCUGGCUUGUUGCCCUGAAAAUACAGCUUCAGACUUUCUUAUGAAGAAGUUGAUCAAUCCACAGCAACCAGGUGUUGUCAACAAACGUGAAAUCUUCAGAAUGUAUGCAGUAUCAAGACCUUAUAUCAGUGUUCCACAGGAGAUCAAGGACUCUAAGCAGCUGAAUUAUGAUGAUGAAGAAAGGGAUUUUUUCUAUCCAGCAAAAACUGAAUUGAAGAAAUACAGAAUCCUUGUUAUGACACUAAGCACAACUGGAAGGUUAGUGUCAGCAUCAUUUCCUAGAAAUUUCUUCACCCAUAUAUUCAUUGAUGAAGGAGCCCAUGCCAUUGAACCAGAGUGCAUUAUACCUAUUACAGGUCUACUAGAUGCUCGCACACAGGAUUGUGGACAACUAGUGAUUGCUGGAGACCCAAAACAAUUAGGACCAAUUCUUAGGUCUCCAUUUGCAUUGAAUUAUGGUCUUGAAACAUCUGUUUUGGAACGGUUUAUGGACACGAUAUCCGAGUAUCACAGGUUAGAGAUAUCUGGCUACAAUUCAAACUAUGUUACAAAACUUAUACGUAACUACCGUUCACACGAUGCGAUCAUCCACGUACCACGGGAAUUGUUCUAUGACGGAGUGCUUGAUGCGUGUGGAGACAGAAUGAUACUUGAAGCGAUGCUGGGUUGGGAACACUUGCCAAAUAAAGAAUUUCCUGUGAUAUUUCACUCUGUGUUUGGAAAUGACGAAAGAGAGGAAUCUAGCCCUUCAUUCUUCAACAGAGAUGAGAUCUCCCAGGUAGAGAAAUAUCUGGAUUUGUUACUGACUGAAAAGAAAGGAGGACUGAAGAUUAAAGCUAAGGAUAUUGGUAUUAUAUCGCCAUACAGAAAACAGGUUGAAAAGAUACGUAAGAUGGUUGAGAAGAAGAAGUAUGGGACAAGGGACGAGAAGAUUAUGGUAGGGUCAGUGGAGGAAUUCCAGGGUCAAGAGUGCAAGAUCAUUAUCAUAUCAACUGUUCGGAGCAAUGCUAAUUAUGUUCAGAUUGAUCUAGACUAUCACCUCGGAUUUGUUAAAAAUCCAAAGCGUUUCAAUGUUGCACUGACAAGAGCCAGAUCUCUCCUAAUUGUUAUUGGCAAUCCAUUAGUACUUGAGAAAGACGUAAACUGGAAACGAUUCCUGGACUAUUGUGAUGGGAAUGGCGGAUUCAAAGGGCAGCAUGGAAAAUUAAAACCAGAUAGUACCACAGGGGAAAGCAAUUCUGGCGAUAUCGGAGAUGUCUACAACAGGCUUGCCAGUAUGCGGCUACAAAGUGAAGACCCAGAGUGGGAGAUACGUGACUAGGAGUGCGCAACUUUGUAGCAUAUUCAUAACUGCAGAUUUUUAGCUCACCAGAGCACAAAGUGCUCAAGGUGAGCUAUUGUGACCAGUCAUUGUACGGUAUCCGGCGUCCGUCGUGCGUCAACUUUUGCCUUGUGAACACUCUAGAGGACACAUUUGUGAUGUAAUCUAUAUGAAACAUGGUCAGAAUGUGCGUCUUGAUGAUCUCUAGGUCAGAUUAAAAACUGGGUCAUGUGGGGUCAAAAACUAGGUCAGUAGGUCAGAUCAAAGGAAAAGCUUGUGAACACUCUAGAGACCACAUUUGUGACCCAGUCUUUAUGAAACUUGGUCAGAAUGUUAGUCUUGAUGAUUUCUAGGUCAGGUUUGAAACUGGGUCAUGUGGGGUCAAAAACUCGGUCAGUAGGUCAGAUCAAAGGAAAAGUUUGUGAACACUCUAGAGACCACAUUUUUGACCCAAUCUUAAACUUAGUCAGAAUGUAAUUCUUGAUGAUCUCUAGGUCAAGUUCAAAACUGGGUCAUGUUGGGUCAAAAACUAGGUCAGUAGGUCAGAUCAAAGGAAAAGCUUGUGAACACUCUAGAGAUAACAUUUGUGACCCAAUCUUUAUGAAACUUAGUCCAAAAUGUUAGUCUUGAUGAUUUCUAGAUAAAGUUCGAAUUUGGGUCAUGUGGGGUCAAAACUUGGUUAGUAGGUCAGGUCAAAGGAAAGCUUGUGAACACUCUAGAAACCACACUUGUGACCCAAUCUUUAUGAAACUUGGUCAGAAUGUUAUUCUUGAUGAUCUUUUGGUCAAGUUUGAAAACUGGGUCAUGUGGGGUCAAAAACUAGGUCAGUAGAUCAGAUCAAGGGAAUAGCUUGUGAACACUCUAGAGACCACAUUUGUGAACCAUUCUUUAUGAAACUUGGUCAGAUUGUUAGUCUUGAUGAUCUCUAGGUCAAAUUUGAAUCUGGGUCAUUUUGAGUGAAAAACUAGGUCAGUAGGUCAGAUCAAUGGAAAAGCUUGUGAACACUCUAGAGACCACAUUUGUGACCCAAUCUUUAUGAAACUUGGUCAGAAUGUUAGUCUUGAUGAUCUCUAGGUCAGAUUUGAAACUGGGUCAUGUUGGGUGAAAAACUAGGUCACCUGAUUAAAUCAAAGGAAAAGCUUGUGAACACUAGAGGCCACAGUUGUGAUCCAAUAUUUAUGAAAUUUUGUCAGAAAGUUUAUCUUGAUGAUCUCUAGGUCAAGUUUGAAUAUGGGUCAUGUGGGGUUAAAAACUAGGCCACCUGGUCAAGUCAAAGGAAAAGCUUGUGAGCACUUUAGAGGCCACAGUUGUAACUCAAUUUUUAUGAAACUGGGUCAGAAUGUUUGUCUUAAUCAUUUUGUAGGUCAAGUUUGAAUCUGGGUCAUGUAGGGUCAAAAACCAGGUCACUAGGCCAGAUCAAAGGAAAAUCUUUUCAACAUUCUAGAGACCACAGUUUAAGUUUGAAACUCAUGAGAAUUAGUCAGAAUGUUUGUUUUGAUAAGCUAUAGGUCAAGUUCGAAUCUGGGUCAUGUGGGGUCAAAAACUAGGUCACCCAGUCAAAUCAAAGGAAAAGCUUGUGAACACUCUCAUGGGGGAGGAGACUGGGUUGUGGAGGAUAUCAUGUUACAAAUUUAAGAUGCUAUUGUUAUAGCAUUCCUGGAUAACGUUACAGCAUUCGGAGGAUAAUAAUUGCUGGCUGUCUUGUGUUUGCCAGAGAAACAAAAAAGAUUUAUCUCUUUUUUGCAAAAAUUGUAUUUCUAGAUCAGUGGUAUGUUCAUCAUUUGAGACAUGGCUAGACACAGUUUAUUGAUGUCUAUCAGGCGUUUUAUGACUAAAUUCGAAAUUUUGAUAGAAAAUUAUCACAAAUAAAUUGAUUAAAAGAUA